ACGAUUGCAGGAAUCCCAGAGUUUUCUGCUGUAACUACACUGGAUGGAGAACAGAUUGAUUAUUAUGACAGUGAGAUAAAGAAGCUGAUUCCCAGACAGGACUGGAUGAAGGAGUUUACAUCUACAGACAGAUGGAAAGAAUACACUGAGAUCAGAGAACAAGUACAGCAGACCAACAAAAUCAACAUCACUGUUCUAAUGGAGCGAUUCAAUCACUCGUAUGGUGUUCAUACGUAUCAGAGGAUGUAUGGAUGUGGUUGGGAUGAUAAGACUAACAUCUCACAUGGGUUUGAUCAGCACGCUUAUGAUGGAGAGGAUUUUAUCUCUCUAGAUGUGAAAUACAGCAUGUACACUGCAUCUGUAUGGCAGGGAGUACGCACAAUGAUGAAGUGGAACAGUGACAGUGAACAACUUGAAUUACUCAAACAAUACUACCAACAUGAGUGUGUUGACUGGUUAAAAUAUUUCUUGACGUUAAGGAAAGCAGAUUCAGAGAGAAGAGCUCCUGAAGUGUCUGUGUUACAGAGAAAUUCCUCGUCUCCAGUGGUGUGUCAUGCUACAGGUUUCUACCCAUCAGCAGUGACUAUUACCUGGUUAAGAAAUGGAGAUGAGCUUGAUGAGGAUGUGGAGUUUGGAGAUCUACUGCCAAAUGAAGAUGGGACCUUCCAGAAGAAAGCUAUCCUCCAUGUUACUCCAGACGAGUGGAAGAAGAACGAGUAUUUUUGUGUGGUGGAGCACGAGGGAAGCACCAUCUGGAAGACUAAGGACGAGCUCUACGAUGUAUACUUCAAAAUACUUGUGUCUGUGGUGGGAGUUUCCCUGUUCCUGUUCAUCUGUCUUUCAGUCCGAAGGAUGCUAAAUCCCAGACUUCAGUCCAACUGUGAAUCUUCAGGAGCAAAACAUGAUUUAGUGUCGAAUAAUAUCCAUGAGAACAUCAUAAACCUGCAUCAGUGGCACUUUUUGCUCACUUGGUGCCUUGGACAAGAUACGACACUGAAGGAACCAGCUAAAGAACAUCCAGAUACUGUCUGUAUAUGA